AUGACUGCUAGCAUGAAACUCAGGAUACUUGUCUUGACGGCGUCAGAGAGCACUGCAGAGACAUUAAUAUGGGCACUAUCUCUGUUAUUAAAUGAUACUCGCUCAUUGAAACUAGCUCAAGAAGAGUUAGAUGAACAUGUAGGAAGAGACAGAUGGGUUGACGAAUCGGACAUCAGGGGCCUACCAUAUUUGCAAGCCAUCGUAAAAGAAACCUUACGUCUCUACCCACCUGGUCCUUUGGCAGGGCCUCGAGAGGCCACUGAAGACUGUUACGUCGGUAAGUAUCAUAUUAAAAAGGGUACUCGUUUAGUUGUCAACCUAUGGAGGAUUCAACGAGACUCGAGAAUAUGGGAAGAUCCACACGAGUUUAAACCAGAAAGGUGGUUCUGGAAGAAACAUACGAACAUUAAUUUUAAAGGACAAAAUUUUGAGUAUAUUCCUUUUAGCUCUGGAAGAAGAAUGUGCCCUGGUUUGAUGUUUGGAACCCAAGUAGUGCAUUUGGUGCUAGCAAGAUUACUUCAUGGAUUCAAUAUUUCAAUGCCAAGGGAGGAACCAGUAGAUCUGAGCGAGGGCUUAGGCAUUGCCUUGCCUAAAGUGAAACCUCUUCAACCACUUCUUUCUCCUAGACUAGCUGUGGAACUCUACCAAAGUCUUUGA